UGCUUAAGUCUAUCAGCAAUCAGCAUGCAUAAAUUUUGAUUUUCGCACUGAGUCUUUGCAAUUUUGCUCUCUCUCCUUAAAUUCUGGGUUUUUUUUCCCUUGUGAAAUUGUCCUUUUCUUCUUCUGCAACUGGUAUUUAUAGUUUCUGUCUGCCCACUUUUCCUUCGUUUGUUUUCCUGGGGUUCGGGCCGAGUUCCUUCAUAUGCUCUUCUCUGUUUGGAUUCAGAGAAAGUAAGAGAGAAACUACAAGAAAAAAGAAAAUUAUAGUAUAUCUCAACUAGGAAGCUGUAGGACCCAAGGAUUUUAUUUGCUGAUUGUUGAGCUAGUAUGUCAGAGAACUAUAGAACUUCGAGUACAGGCUCAAGCUCGAGUUUAAAUAGCAGUUCCCGUGACACUGAGGAUGAUCACACCAUUGCAAGCAUACUAGCAGAAGAGGAAAACUUGAGAGCUGAUGGCCGGCUUGGGAAGCGACUAUCUCAUUUGGAUUCCAUCCCGCAUACUCCCCGUGUUAACGGAGAGAUACCUGAUGUAAAUGACGCUACCUUAGAUCAUGAUCGGCUCUCUGAAAGGUUGGCUACAUAUGGUUUAGCUGAAUUACAAAUUGAGGGUGAUGGAAACUGUCAGUUUCGAGCAUUAGCAGAUCAACUAUUUCACAAUCCAGACUAUCACAAAUAUAUCAGAAAGAAAAUUGUAAAGCAGCUAAAGAAGUUCAGAAAAUUAUACGAGAGUUAUGUCCCAUUGGAGUACAAAAGCUACUUGAAGAAGAUGAAAAGAUCAGGUGAAUGGGGAGACCAUGUCACUCUGCAAGCAGCUGCAGACUAUUUUGAAGCGAAGAUCUGCUUAGUCACCUCCUUUCGAGACACGUGCUACGUCGAGAUCCUUCCUAAGGACAAGAAUCCUACAAGAGAACUGUGGCUGAGCUUCUGGAGUGAAGUGCAUUAUAAUUCUCUCUAUGCAAGUGGAGAUGUUCCCAGUAGAGUACCGAGAAAAAGGCAUUGGCUGUUUUAGAGCCAUGGAGAAGAUCAGCUUAUUGAGGUCUCUGCUGUUGGUUCACUUCCUCACUUGUUCUACUGCUAUUAGUUACUUGUUAACUCAAUAUUUUUCAAAUUUGACUUGUAAUAUCGACCAGUUUUACAUAACAAUAGAUUUUAUGAUUCGGUUUACUUGGGUUCUAUCUCUUCUUGAAAA